AUGGAAGAAAAAAAAACAAGAGGGAAGAAAAAAACGGAGAAGUCCGAAAUUGAGCUGUUAUUUGUUGACCUGUGUCACGUGAAUAAAGAAAAAAGAGACACGGGAAUAAACGUCCUGACGGAUUAUAUAAAAGGGAAGAAGGUGCCCCUGGAUGGACAUAAUUUGUCCUACAUUUGCAAAGGCCUCUUUUACUAUUAUUGGUUAUGUUACUCAUCGGAGGAGCAAAAAACAGCGGCUUGCAAAAUAAGCAAAAUUUUAAGAGACAUUGAUGAGGUGGAUGACAACGAGGAAAAAAAAAGCGUCUUCCUAUUCCUACAAAGUUUUCUAAGGGUUAUGUCUAGUAAGUAUGACUCUCUGGACCUUUACCGAAUGAACAAGUUUUUAUUUCUCUUCCGAGUUUUCCAGGCAGAGUUCCUCCUCUUUCUACAUCGCUACUCAUGGCGCAGUUGUUACGUAAGGAGGUAUAACAAAAUCAUGCUGCGAAUCUUUGACGACACAAAUGACGUUUUUUAUAAUCACAUCGACACAUUUUUUAAAGAAUUUUUUGGAAACCAAUUUUAUUUAAAGGCCAAGAAGGAACAGGAGAAAGUGCACAUAAAGGACUUUCUCCUACUGAUGGAUUUUUUCUUUAAAAUUAUUUGCAAGACGGAAAAAAAACACAUCAUCGAUGUAAUUAGGAAUAAAAUUUUCUCCGUCAUUUUGAAGUUAAAUGUGGGGAGGACUCUUCUGCAGAAAAGAAUACACAGGUACCUUAGAAAGUGCAAAAAUCCCUAUGCUGCUAAAGCAGUCAAGGGGUUUUACAAUUCGCUCGUUGGGGGAAGGGAUGAACGGGGGGGAAACAAGAAGGGGAACAAAAACGGUAACAGUCAGGACGACAAGAAGGGCAAAAUGGGUGAAUCGCAGAAGACGCCCAUUUUUGUGGAAAACUUUGAGGCCACUAGAGAGCACAAUGGCUCCGGCUCCCCAUUUGACGCCGCUUCUGCCCCGUCCAGGCAGGACGAACAGAUCUCUCCAAAUAACGGGGGUUCCGAUUUGAUCACCCCUGAAGAUGGCGAAACAGGUGGAGAGAAACAGUUGGAUGGUGUGCCUAACUCCAAAAGGAGGUCGAAGAGGGACCGUGCGUCGAACGAAUUCAGCCGCCUGAGGGAGAUCAUCGAGGAGGACGAAGAAAAGACGGGGGACGACCUGGGAAGCGACGUGGGAAGUGAUAUAAGCAGCGAUAUGGGAUGUCACAUGAAUGGCGACUCGGGGAGGGGCAAGAAGAAGACUCUGAAGCGAAAGGGAGAAGAGAACGGUAACCCCGACGAUAAAAAAAAGAAGAAAAAGAAAAAGAAAAAAAAAUCCAAUUUUCAGGAAGCGGACAAAGGUGAGGAGGGUGGUCAGAACGGAGCAGGUGGCAACGCGCACGAUGGAGAACACGUAAGGAGCUCGAGCGACGGGGAAGCCAAACAAAAACCCAGUAUCAUAGACUUUGUCCACAAAAGCAAAGGAGGCUUUUCGGGGAGCAUUAUUAUCGAAAAUAAGGGGAAGUCCGAUUUGCCCAUCUAUUCCAUUGACAAGUCGGACCUGCGGGGAGGGUGCAUACAGAAGAGGAAGCUAAAAGUGAACAAGCUCUUGAAGAAGAAAAAUAGCCUCUGCUCCGCUGGUCGCGGCAAUGGCAGUCCAAAUUGUCAAGGAGACGAGUGCUACACCCCGCUGGCGGAUGACCACAAGGGGGGGGACCUAUAUCUACGACCUGGAGAUGCGGACAGGGGCGAUGCCAAUGCCGCUGCCCACGCGCAUCACAAGAGUGUAUACAUAGGAAUGGUGAAGAAGAAAAUAGUAAAGACCGAGGUGGGGAAGGCGAAAAAGGGGGAAAAAAUGGAAAAAUUGGCCAAACAGGGGAAAGUGACAAAGCUGGUGAAAGAGGGAAAAUUGAUCAAGCUGGCGAAACAAGGCAAAAUGGUGAGGCUGGCGACACAAGGCAAAAUGGUGAGGCUGGCGAAACAGAGCAAGUUGGCCAAGCUGGCGAAGCAAAAUAAAAUGGCAAAACUGAUGAGGCAAAACAGAAAGUCAAAAAUGGAAAAAAAAAUUCGUAUGAUAGGCCAAGGGAGGGAAGACAAAAACAAAAGCGCGCUAAGCAACGGCGUAGCCACCAAGGCGAAAGAGCAAACCGUGGAAAGAAGAAAAAAUGGCACGGUCAAGAAAACCAUUUUGAAAAAAGGGAAAACCAAGUCACACGUGACGAAAAGAGUUCAUUUUAACCUGAACAAAAACACCAUCGAGUACAUCCCCCGCAUAAAGAAGAAAGACGUUAAUUCGUCGUAUUUCUUUCUCGACAAUUUUCGCAACUUGAUUAAUGUCCCCGCGUUUUUGUAG